ACCAAAAGAUUCAAGCCAUUAGAAUUUCAUGUUGGAUUAUGGAAACGCUACCCGCACUGCCCUUCCCAAAGACCUCCCAUGGCUGUAUCAUACCACCACAUACAACUGUUUACACAAAUGCCCACCAGAUAUUUUGCAUCCCGGGGCGAGAAGAAAGAGCCCGUAAAGAAAGAGGUACAGAUGGAGAUGUAUAAUGAAAGAGGAGGGAUCCGGAGCUUCGAGUCAAAAAGGACUUAUUUUUGUCAGUUUUUAUCUUGUUUUUGUUUUCUCUCCCUUGUCAUCAGUUCUUGGCCAAGUUCAAAGGCUUUUUGUUUUCGUUGCAGAAGGAAAGUCGAUGCAUUGUCUUUUUUGUUUCCCUUCUCAUCAUCAUUUUUUGAUAGAAGCUGAAUGGAGUGGAGAGGAACACUCUGCUGUUUGAUUGAUUCUCGGAGAGUGUUAAUUUAAUCGAGGCCAACGCUGGGGAUGUCACCCAGGUUGAUGC